AGAAAUCAAUGGAAAAAUUAAGCAAUAAAUAAACAAAAUGUUGACAAGAGUUAAAAAACUCACAAAUAAGUUGAAAUGGAUUUGCGGAGAAAUGAAUAUGAAAUAAAAAAUAUCAAUAUGGCAUCUAUUAUCAACUCUAUUAUAAGAUAUUUAGAACUGGCAGCUUAACACAAUUAGUCUAGAGUGGUUAAGAGGAACUUUAGACAAGCUCAUAGAUAAUCAUUUAAAAGUAUUAUAGGGAAGCGAAAAUGAGUUAAGGAUGUAAUUGUAUAACUAUUAGUCAUGGCUAAAUCGAAGAACUAGAUUUCAAAAAAUAUUGCAUUCCUCUUUAGUCAUCAAUGGAAGUUAUUUCCAAUUCUUAGUGUUCUUGGUAGCUAUGAGCAUUUGGCUUUGGAACAUAUAGAGAUUUGAUCCUAAAGAACCUAUGGAUGGAACGAAUCAUAGCAAUGAUAACAGUUAGAAGUUGUAAGUAAUUAAUAGAAGUUGAAAUUAAGAAAAUAGAAAAGUUGAAGUUUGUG